UCGUGUCCUUAUAUCACCAUUUGUCCCUUUUCCCAAAAAUACAAAAUCCCUGACCCUGCGCCCAGCCCCUGAUGUGCCACCGUUGUCGGGGAUCUGACUGUGGGGACAUUGGAAGAAAAGAAGACCAGCGAGAUAGCGAGAACGGCACAGAAGCCCCCGAGUGAACAUGAUGCUGACAAGAAUUGUGUUAGUGGGACUGAUCUGCUGUUCUCUCGUCUCGUCUGUGAAGGCUUGUGGGCCGGGCCGGGGUUAUGGGAGAAGGAAGCAUCCUAGAAAAUUAACCCCACUGGCCUACAAACAAUUCAUUCCGAACGUGGCAGAAAAGACUCUGGGUGCAAGUGGCAGGUACGAGGGAAAGAUUACCAGGAACUCGGAGAGAUUUAAAGAACUGACUCCCAAUUACAACCCAGACAUUAUUUUUAAGGACGAAGAGAACACGGGAGCGGACAGGCUGAUGACACAGAGGUGUAAAGAUAAACUGAACUCCCUCGCAAUCUCGGUGAUGAACCAAUGGCCCGGGGUGAAGCUGAGGGUGACGGAGGGCUGGGACGAAGACGGCCAUCACUCCGAAGAGUCGUUGCACUACGAGGGCAGAGCCGUAGACAUUACCACCUCGGACCGAGACAGGAGCAAGUACGGUAUGCUGGCCAGGCUCGCUGUCGAAGCAGGUUUCGAUUGGGUCAACUACGAAUCCAAAGCUCACAUUCACUGCUCGGUCAAAGCAGAAAACUCGGUAGCUGCGAAGUCAGGAGGCUGUUUCCCCGCCUCGGCUCGAGUCAGCCUGGAGAAUGGCAACAGCAAAUGGCUCAAGGACCUGAAGCCGGGAGACCGGGUGCUGGCAGCAGACGAGCUGGGCAACCUUCUCUACAGCGAUUUCAUCAUGUUUCUGGACAGAGCGGAGGAGGUCGAGAAGGUUUUCUACGUGAUCGAGACUCGACAGCCUCGCCGGAAGCUCGCCCUCACCGCCGCGCAUUUACUCUUUGUCGGACACAGUUCGAGUGAGGGGCAGAUCGAGUUCAGGGCAAGGUUCGCCAGCGACGUGAGGCCGGGCCAGCUGGUGUACGUCACCGACGGGGACGGUCAGCAGCUCCAGCCUGCCAUGGUCGACAAGGUUUACCUGGAGGAGAUGACAGGUGCUUAUGCCCCACUGACUGUCCAGGGCACCCUCGUGAUCAACCAGGUUCUGGCCUCUUGCUAUGCCGUGAUAGAGGAACACACUUUGGCCCACUGGGCUUUCGCUCCUGUGCGGAUGAAGCAUGCAGCCACAUCUUUGCUUCUGCCCAGCGACCCACUAAUGGUCAACAGUACUGUCCAGGAAGAUGGAGUCCACUGGUACUCCAGUGCCUUGUAUCAGAUAGGCAGAUGGGUUUUGGAUGACGCAUCAAUUCAUCCUUUGGGAAUGACGUUGGACUUUAGCUGAAACCAUUUACAGCCAUUACAGACAGACUUUUACAGCAGAACUUACUCAAACACAAAGCAGAGUUUCGACAAGAAGACCCCAGGAAGUUUUUUUCUCGUGGGGAUAUUUAUUUUGUUUUGCAUUGUUUUUAAUUGCCCGUUGCUCCUGUCCUUUGUUUAUAAUGUCUUCUUGUUUAACGGAAAAGAAACUGGAACUUUGAGAGCCUUAAAACUCCUUUGAUAAUUUAUUCCCAGGUGACCCCACCACAACAGAAACUAUUUUGUGUGGUCAGCCAAGGAGAGCAAAAUAUAUUUUUCUAUCUGUUUUUGUCCCGUGAAUCAUUCUACAAACGUUUGCGACGAAUUCUAUUGUCGAUGUAUUUGUAAUCUCUUGUUCCCGCCCUCGCCCUGUGUUGUUUUUUUUUAAUUUCUCUAGACUUUCGAACAAAGCUACACUGCAUUUGGGGGGUCCAUAAAUUAUAUUUUUAUACACAGAAUUGUAAAUUAGAUUUUUGGAUUACUUAACUGAAUCACAUUUCGUUAUUUGAAAUAGUGUAAAAUACGAGAAUAUAUUAUUUUAAUUUAAAGUCUAGGUGCGAAAAAAUAUAACAUUUUGACCAUCCCACUGACGAUGUUUUGACGUUGAACCUGCCAUUUUGUAAACCAGGUGAGCUACAGGGAAAGUGCGCAUGCUCGACAAACAUCCGUCCCUUCAUCAAUAGUGACAUCUUGACAUCUCCAUCUGGGACUGAAUUUUAUUGGAAGAAAUUAUUUUUUAAAAGUGACGAACCUUGAUGAUUAAUAAUCAUAUUCUAAUGAAAGUAGUAGUUUGUACAAAGUUUUUUUGCAUACGAAUUAAAAUUCGACAAAAAAGCUGUAAAUUUACUAAACCGUAUUAUUUGCAUAUUUUGUAAUAGUUUAAUACAGUAGUUUUAUAAUAUAGAAAUGUGCCAAAUACUCUGUCUGAAUAUUAUUAAAAUAUACAGCAUUUCAAUUACACGCGACUUUUGAUAAUCGAGAGGUGAAGAAAGGCGUUGUGUAUAGAUACUUUAAAAUAUUUUGCAAAGUGAAAAGAGAUGUUUAUGUUUUAGGGUCAAUCGUUUACGCCACAACCUACUGGAGUUGGAAUGGAUGUAUUUUCAACGGCAGGGUCCAAAAGACCAGCCAUGUUUUACAUUCUAUUUGAAUCAUUCAUUCUGCAACUUAUAAAACAAACUGUAAGAAACGGACAUAUUGUUUGUAGCUAUUAUUUGGUCGCUUACGAUCAACAGUAAUUUCCCACCUCAAUGCUGCUUUUCAUAAUUUUUUUUAAAUAAAAUU